GUUUGUUUUGCGCAUGCAGAUGGGACGUGUAUAGACCCCUCAUUAGGAGUGUACGACCUCACUGACGCCGUCAGUGCUCUCAAAUUUGCACAAUUUAUCAUCGGCCUCCGGGCGCAUGUCGAGGGAAUCAUUGCCCAAUGCGGAACUCCGACGUUCAAACGACUUCCGUGGAGAUCAGAUACCGUCGAUGAUGACGAUUCCGGUUCCGAAGAAGAACAAUGGGAACAAAGGAUUGUUUGUUGGCUAAAUACGGUGGAAAAAUGUGACACCGACCACACAGCACCUUCCGAUCCUUCGUCGACUGACUGCUGUUCAUUCAGCAUGGCUGACUCUGAAAAGCGGACUACGCAGUCCUCUUCGAAAGCUAGGUCUGCACGUCGUCCGAGGUGCUCGAUGUUUGCAGACAGCAAAGUAGAACCUCCUCCAGCAGAUCCUACACCAUUUGUGCCCGAUAUCGACCUAACAUAUCCCCGGGAGCCCUCCCUCGGAGCUUCGGGUUCGAGGACUCCGUCAGAUAGAGCGUCAGCUCAGGCUGAAAAACGUGGACGACAACAAACAAAGACGGAUGGUGGUUCUUCUAAUAAGGGAAAGACUGGUAAGCGUUCGAAGAGCGCAGAUGCCUUGUCUUGUUCAGCGUUAGGUGCGAAGGCCUUAGCCGGCAUAUUCCCUGCCGCAAAGCUUUCUUUCUCAAGCUAUGCACACGACCGCAAAAUCAUCAGUUUGAGCAAUAUACCAUUGCGCACAAAUGCUCAUGGAAGUGUCGAAGCUGCUGACGAGAUUAACGAGAUGCUUGAAUUCUAUGAGGAAAUGACCAAGUAUAUGAAACCUCCUAUCGAGCAGAAUGAACCACCUGUCGUUGACAAACGAAUCGAAGAAGUUCGUGACCGCUUUCUCUUUCAAGUUGAUGCAUGCUCCGGUGGUAAAAACACUUCGGAACUUCCACGGCACUUCUGGGAGGUCAUGUCGGGUUGCUUUUCGUCUCUUCUUUGGGCAUCCGUCGGCGGAUACUCCAAGGAGCUCGCCGGUAAAUCACCUCACAAAGCUGAAGCUCGUCAUGAAUGGGAUAUUCUUCUGAACCUCGGCUUCGUGAAUGUCCAUGAGCUCGCUUCUGGAAGAGUGGUUCUCGAAAGAGCAAUGUCGCUCUCGCGGAAUGUCGCAGCAGAUGUAAUGAACAUUUCCCCGACUUCUGCUGCUGCAGAAUUUCAGGGUGUCGCUCGUCGAUCACGCGAUAUCAGUUAUCAACACGUUUUACAACUGGAAGAUCCCGAAUUCAAAUCUUCCUUCCCGCCGAAGCUCAUUCGGCAGACAGGACAUUUUCUUUCGGUCGCAGUCGUGCAAUCAGAUGCUGUUUCUGCGCUUUUUGAUAAUGCAGAGGCAGCCAGGAAAGCCAUACUGAAGCGUGCCGGAGAUGAGCCAGAGCUUGGGAUCGUUGACGCCAUCCUGACGUUGCCGUUGGAGCGCCUGCAACUUAUCGAGGAGCCUCUCCUUCGUAUCACAGAGACUCGCGAGACUGUCAACGCUGCAAAGACUCUCAGCGCAGAUAACAUACCUGAGCCAGAUGAAAAUGCAGUGUCGGAGAAGCCGAAGGCUAAGAGAUCCCAGCCUGCUCGUAACUCCAGGCGAGUGAAGUCUGCAACGACGCAAAGCGAGCUACUCGCAAUUGCGGAAGAGCAGGAAGGGCAUCUUCAGGUACCUGACGAGGAAGUAGGGAGGCGGACCGACGACAAGCAAGGAUCAAACGGUACCCGGACGACCAGAAAAGAAAACUUGCUACAGCCAUUUUCGGUGACGUGCUCAGUGACGAAAUUAGCACCCAAGAUGACAUUCCCAACUGGGGUGAUAAGGAACACUAAGGAACUGCACACUAAACUUCUCUUGUCCGUUUUCGUUGCCGAAUACAAGAAGCCUACCCAGACGUACGCGAAGGCCGUCGUGCAAGCAAAAAUGUACGCGGAAGCGUCUGUCAGGUAUCUCGCAAGUCUGGGAGUGACCAAACAAGCUGUUUUCGCAUUGGCGACGGAUGGCGUUGAAGGAGCCGUGCUUAUGGCUUGGUGUUCGAACGACUCCGAGACCGUCUACAUCGUUGAGCGCAAUGUUCAAACAUUCAAUAUCUCCUCACCCAUCGAGGUCUACCAUUUUGUCACGGUCCUUCUGCGUCUGCGAGAAUAUGGGGAUACGAAGCUGAAGGAUGCCGUCCUGAAGGCGUUAGAAGGGGAUGAAUUCCAACAAAAGAGCUGGAGUAAAACGGCACAGUUUGAUAGGAUGGAAUGAGAUUGCAUUCACCGGUAUUUACGGAAAACUUUCUUUGCUUUGAUUGCAUGUAUCCACAUGCUUUCUACUUGCUAUCAAUAAUUUAUCUGCUAUGUACUGUGUAGUUAUGAUAUAAAUCUUCCGUGCGCCGCCAAGUAUUCACUAGUUGCC